CCCUGGCAGCAGAGCCCGGGCCAGGACUCACGGUUGCGUGAGGCUUUCCAGAUGGUGCUUGUGAUCACCUACUAUGAGCCCCAAAACCCUGAGUACCAGCAUUUCCAAACCCAGCUCAUCCUGCGAGCUAAGCAGAAGUUUGGUGUGCAGCUCAACUACUCCCUGAUGAACCUGGUGGCGGGGUGUUUCUAUGACGGGAUGCUGCUGUAUGCCAUGGUGCUGAACGAGACCCUGCGCGAGGGCGGCUCCAAGAAAAAUGCCACCCACAUCAUCGAGAAGAUGCGGGACCGCAAGUUCCAGGGGGUGACGGGGCUGGUGAGCAUGGACAGCAACAAUGACCGGGACACUGACUUCAACCUGUGGGCCAUGGGUGACCCCAAGACUGAACAGUAUGAGGUGGUGGGACACUACUCAGGUGUGGAAAAGCAGAUCCACUGGCUGGGACGACCCAUCCCCUGGGUGAAGGGGGCUCCUCCCUUGGACAACCCUCCCUGUGUCUUUGAUGUGGAUGACCCCUCCUGCGAUAAGACCCCCCUUUCCAUGCUUGCCAUCGUGGCUUUGGGCACUGGCCUCACCUUCGUCAUGUUUGGCAUCUCCAGCUUCCUCAUCUUCAGGAAACUGAUGCUGGAGAAGGAGCUUGCCAGCAUGCUGUGGAGGAUCCGCUGGGAUGAGCUGCAAUUUGGGAGUCCUGAGCGGUACCACAAAGCAGCAGGCAGCCGGCUCACCUUGUCCCUGCGUGGUUCCAGCUAUGGCUCCCUGAUGACCACCCAUGGCAAGUACCAGAUCUUCGCCAACACUGGGCACUUCAAGGUCAGUGCAGCAGCAGCAGGCCAUUGUCUCUGACCUCAAAACCACCUUGGCUCCUCUUACUUACACCUGCAGAUGCGAGACAUCCAGUUCAACCACCUGACUCGCUUCAUCGGGGCAUGCAUCGAUCCCCCUAACAUCUGCAUCAUCACUGAGUACUGCCCACGGGGCAGCCUGCAGGAUGUCCUGGAGAAUGAGAGCAUCAACCUGGACUGGAUGUUUCGCUACUCCCUCAUCAAUGACAUUGUCAAGGGAAUGGCCUUCCUGCACAACAGCAUCAUUGGCCACCACGGCAGCCUCAAGUCAUCCAACUGCGUGGUGGACAGCCGCUUUGUGCUGAAGAUCACUGACUAUGGACUAGCUAGCUUCCGCUCACCCUGUGACAGCGAGGACACGCAUGCACUCUAUGCCAAAAAGCUCUGGACAGCACCGGAGCUGCUGCAGAAGGGACACCUGCCCAGUCCGGGUAUGCAGAAAGCUGAUGUCUACAGCUUCGGCAUCAUUGUGCAGGAGGUCGCUCUGCGCAACGGCCCCUUUUACAUCGAGGGCAUGGACCUAAGCCCCAAAGAGAUCGUGCAGAAGGUGCGUAACAGCCAGAAGCCCUUCUUCCGCCCCUCCAUCGACAUUGGGGUGCACAGUGAGGAGCUGGCAGUGCUGAUGGAGCGUUGCUGGGCGCAGGAGCCAGCUGAGCGCCCCGACUUCAGCCAAAUCAAGAUCUUCAUCCGUAGAUUCAACAAGUGGGUGGUUG